AUGACGGACGGGGUCGAAGACAGUGAAGAAAUUGCUGCCCUGGAGAAGGCGUUGGUCGAUGAAACCAUGGAUCCAGUUGAUAUACCUUUCUCCCUUCUCAAGUCCAUCACAGGAAAUUUCUCGGAAGCUCAAGAGAUCGGCAGGGGCGGGUUCGGAGUGGUCUACAAGGGAGUGCUUCCAAGUGGUCGCACCGUCGCCGUGAAGCAGCUCUUCGAAAGGUACGAGAUCCUCGACAAGACUUUCGAUAGCGAGAUUGACUGUCUUGCGGGCCUCAAGCACAAGAAUACGGUGCGAUUUCUUGGGUAUUCCUCCGAGACGCAGUAUUUACGAAGGCUGUGCGACGGGAAGCUUCAGUGGGUAGCCAAGCGGCAGAGGCUGCUCUGCUUUGAGUACCUGCCCAAAGGGUGUCUUGCUGGCUAUCUCUCCGCUCGAUAUGCUUCGGACCUCAAACCUCAGAAUGUACUAUUGGAUGAUAACAUGAUUCCCAAAAUUGCGGAUUUUGGACUAUCGCGACACUUAAGUGAAAGCCAGAGUCGGGAUAUCACUGAAAACAAGUUUGGGACAAUGGGAUAUAUGGCACCAGAAUUCUUUAAUAAGGGAGAAAUCACCUUCAAGACAGACGUAUAUAGUUUGGGUGCUAUAAUAAUGGAUAUUCUUAUGGGACAAAAGGAAUGCUCCGAUGUUAAGGAGGUAGUUGAAAGUUGGACGGACAAGUUUGGGACAUCAAAGAGUCAUACAUCACUGGAAGAAGUAAAGUUAUGUGCUGAGAUAGGGAUAAAAUGCAGGAACUAUGACCCCCGGAACAGGCCUGCUACAUGGUCUAUCAUCCAUGGAAUACUAGAUGAAGCGGAAAUUUCGAACUGGUCUGUUACAAGUGAUGUAGCUACCUCUACAGAAGGGCAGAUAAGACUUGCCUCCAAGCGGAUGGAUGAGCUGAAGUUGAUGGAUGAUUCUGCUACACCAUCCCAGCAGCAACCAUCAACGCUGGAAGUGGAGCAGGAGGGUGGCAAAGCGAGCCAAGAGAGGAAGAGGAAGGCAUCAACCAUAAGCUUCUCCAAGAUGGCGGAUGAGCUGAGAUUGAUGGGCGAUUCUGCUGCACCAUCCCAACUGCAACCUUCGGCACUGGAGGUUGAACAGGAGGAUGGCAAAACAAGCUUCUCCGGGUUGGUGGAUGAACUAAAGUUGAUGGAUGAUUAUGUUGCACCAUUCCAACUGCAACCAUCCUCACUGGAGGUGGAGCAGGAGGAUGGCAUAGUGAGCCAACAGAAGAAGAGGAGGGCAUCAACUAUGAGUUUGGCGACCAGGGUGAUGAGCACCCUUAGUGGCAAGCUUACCACUUUCAUCAACGAUGAGUACAAUAAGCGCAAAGAGGUAAGGAAGCAGGCGUCGUUCCUUAAGAAGGAGUUGAGCGCCAUACACGCUGCUCUUGAGCUGCCGGAGCUCAUGAAUGAGCUUGCUCCAGGUGUAAAAAUUUGGAGGGAUGAUCUCAGAGAGAUUUCCUACGACAUGGAAAAUUGCAUUGAUGACUUCAUCCGCCAAUUCGGGGGUGAGGAUGUUGAGGUAGGCUUUUUCUGGGAGGCUGCUGAACUUCACAAAAGGUUGUGCGAGCUUCAUCAAAUUUCCAACCAGAUGGAAGAGCUUAGGACUCUUGCGGUAGAAGCAAAUGCUCGACGUGAGAGUUACAAGAUUGAUGAUUGCAAGCCUAGCUUUGGCCCUGUGGCUGUCGACACUCGUUUGCGAGCGGUCUACCAGGAGGCGGCCAACCUUGUGGGCAUUGAAGGCCCUAGAGAAGAGGUUAUCAGUUGGUUGAUGAAUACUCAGAAAAAACUAAAGGUUGUGUCCGUUGUUGGUUUUGGAGGCCUGGGUAAAACUACACUUGCCAAACAGGUGUUUGACAAAAUCAAAGGGCAUUUUGAUUGUGUGGCAUUAUUUUCAGUUUCACAGAGGCCUGAUUUGAGAGUGCUUCUCAAUCGCCUACAACUGAAACUUGGGAUAAGUGUCUCUUCUCACGAUUACGGGUUUGACGACAUCAUUGAAGAGCUAAAGAAGUAUCUCACAGAUAAAAGGUACCUUAUUGUAGUUGAUGACUUGUGGGAUCAAUCAGCAUGGAAUACUAUUAGUUGUGCUUUUCCAGAAAAUGGAAAUGGGAGUAGAAUAAUUGUAACCACACGAGUGGAAGAUGUGGCUGGCAUGGCCUGUCAUAAUGACCGUGAGUGCAUUUACACAAUGAAGCCCCUCAGUGAUGAGAACUCAAGAAUGUUAUUCUCCAAUAGAGUAUUUGGGUCUGAAGUUGUUUGUCCACCCCAUCUUAAAGAAGUUGCGGCUGAAAUUCUGAAGAAGUGUGGUGGUAUGCCGCUUGCAAUUGUCACUAUAGCUAGCCUACUAGCUACUCAAGUGAGAUCAAAGAAACACUGGGAGAGCAUAAGGAAAUCUCUGGGUGCCCAUUCUGCCACAAAUCCUUCAUUGAAAGAGAUGAAUAGUGUAUUAAACCUUAGCUACACACAUCUUCCUCUUCAUCUCCGGCCAUGUUUUCUGUACCUUGGUAUGUAUUCUGAGGAUCACAUCAUUCCACGGGAUUAUCUGGUUAAACAAUGGAUAUGUGAAGGCUUUGUCAGCAGUUUGCAUGGACCAGAUUUGGAGCAUGUCGGCAGGAGUUAUUUCAAUGAGCUUAUCAAUAGAAGCAUGAUUCAGCCGGCAGAAAAUGAUGAAAAUGAGUAUGGAGAGGUGUUGUGUUGCAGAGUACACGACAUGAUGCUUGAUUUGAUCCUAAGCAAGUGUGUAGAAGAUAAUUUUGUAAGUGUGGCAUACAAUUCUGAGGACAUGACAAGACUGCUGCAUCUCUGCAAAUACAAGGUUCGCCGAUUAUCCCUGUGCUUCAUGGCUGUUGGUGGAGCAACAUACGACACUGCUAUUUCUACUAGGCAGUCACAAGUUCGAUCAUUACUGUUCGAGAACACUAUACUCCCUCUUUUGUGGUUCAAGUACCUCAGGGUGCUAAUCAUUUUUAAUGAGGAGGAGGUAGUUGACCUCACCGCUGCUAGCCAAUUGUUUCUGCUUAGGUGUGUGAUGGUUAGAGCUUCGAAGAUAGAGCUCCCUAUUGAACUUGGUGAGCUUGUUUACUUGGAGACGCUGGACAUAUAUGAUUGUGAACUGAUAAAGAGCAUCCCUUCAGAUAUAGUUCAUUUGCCCCGCCUGUCCUGUCUAGUUCUUCCAGAUUGGACAGAGUUGCCUGAAGAAGUUGCUUUGGGGUUGCCAAAAGUUGAUGCUUUGGCUUGCUCCAUUGGAAAGCUUUAUAACCUUGAAUCUCUUGUAAUCUCUGGCGAUCAUUAUGAGCGUGAGGAUAGGCAGCAGCUUGGCUCAUUAUCCAAUCCUUUUCAACAUAUUGAGCGUCUUGAAUUGCCUUUUUGGCGGUUAUGGAGGGUUCCAAAAUGGUUGUGUGGUCUCCAUUGCCUGCGCUUCCUUGAGCUGUAUGUUGAAGGGACAUCAACUCAGGAUUUUCAUCUGCUUGGAGAGCUUCCCUCCCUCGCCCACCUCGAAUUCAAAGCAUGUGAAAUCCCUGAUGAAAGAGCUAUGUUAGGCACAGGGCUAUUCCCAGUUCUGGAGUUCCUAGAUAUCCGGUCUAGUAAAGACACUACAGCAUACCUAGGCUUCGAGGCAGGUGCUAUGCCCAGUUUACGAAGACUCUGGAUCGGUGCGUCUCACUGGGGUGGCACUGUACCAGUCGGCAUGGAGCACUUGUUACCCCUCCAGGAGAUCAAAGUGUAUGGAGUCUCCAAUACUAAGGAUACCAAGGACGCGUUCAAGGAGGCCUUGCUGUUGCACCCGAACCGCCCUUCGGUCAAAGUUCACGCUUCAUAG